AUUCCCAAACUCAAUAAACCUCUUCACUUCCCACUUUCCUUUUUCUUUCCAUUCAAAUUCAUAUUCAUUCAUAUUACUCCACAUUCAAUUUUAAAAUCCAAUUAAUAUUAAUAUAUUCAUAUACAAGUACUCAAUAUUUAUUUCUCCUCAAAACCAACUCCCUCACACCCCCCACCAUAACUUUUUUUUUUCAUAUAUUAAUAUACACUAAUUUAAUCUUUGGCAAUUGAAGAUCAGAAUUUGUUGCCAUGUCUCCGACGUUGACUUCUCAAGGUGUAGUCUUGGCCACCGCCACCGCCGUGGCCGUCUCCGCCGGCACCGCCGUCCUCUUCGAUCUCCUCCGCGAAAAGUAUUUCCCUCCCAUCUCCCAAAUCCAUCAAAAGAAACUCCUCAAAUCUUGCCUCUCUUCAGGUGGCAAUAGGAGGAAGAAGAAAAAGAAAGUGAAAUUUGCAGAGGAUGUGAAGGAACCGGAGGGGAAUGGCGAACUGUACAGAAAAGCAGGGAGGAAGAAAAUCGAAAUACAGAAGAAUCGGUGUGGAAAUGAAUUGCCGCCGAAUCAUGCUGCGCUCUACAAGGGGAUUUUGAAGGGUCGUAUGAACACAAUGGGGUAUUCCUUUUGACUAUUCAAUAAUUAAUUAAUUUAAUACUCCUACUACUAUCAAUUAUUGAUUCAGAUCAAUCACUGUUUUUUUAAUUAGUUUCGGGUUUGGAGAUGAUAAAUCAUUGUAAAUACUGAUUAGCUGUUGCUAAUAGUAAUUAGUAAGUUUGAUUUUGUGUA